AUGAGGGCGACGAGGGCAAAGACAGCAAAGAUCUAUGGUAGCGAGGAUGGCAGACGAGGCGUCCUGCAUCAUCGCCCUCAACUGACGACAUCAAGCUCAAGACUCCAUCCCGUGUACCUUGACUGCCAUCGCGUCCCCCAGUCGACAGCAUCGACGCACGAGAGGCACGUCUUCGACGGUCGCAUCAACGUCAUCCUCCUCUUCUCCGCUUCGUCCAUCUGCAUCAUCUCAGGCUGCAGCCAUGCCUUCUGGGUCACCACCUGCAAAACGCCCAGCCACUGCUGCAAGAAGGACGGACACAUUGUCAGCCGACGCGCCCACGACGCCAAACGCACCCACAACGACGCACAGGCGUUGCUCGCCUUGGCAGGCGUUGCUCCGGCCACGUCAAACGCUGGUCUCGCCGUGACACCCACUGCUCCCGGUUCAGUGCCCGCUGCUCCCGGUUCAGUGCCCGCUGUUCCCGUUUCAGUGCCCGCUGUUCCCCUUUCAGUGCCCGCUGUUCCCGUUCCAGCACCCACUGCUCCCACAAGUACACGCGCUGGUCUCGCCGUGACACCCACUGCUCCCCUUUCAGUGCCCGCUGUUCCCGCCAUGGCGAACGCGCCUCCUGCUACAACUACGUCAGGAGCACCUGCCUCAGCCUCUCCCGCAGCUGGCAACAAUGACGUGCCAGAAGCUGAGCUGCAGGCACUUGGGCAGGAAAUGCUGACAUGCCGGGACCAAGCAGUAAUGGCAGCGCUACAGCGCCAAGCGCUCGCGGCCGGAAAGCGUGUUCUGAUCGCUCGGUUUGGGGGCCUUGAUGGGGGCGCUGCCUGGCGCAAGGAGAUAUCACCGAUCAUCACGGCGUACGUCAAGCAGCGCCCACGACUAGGCAGCCUGCUGCUUGCAGUGGCUCUGAAAAGCAAGGUGCUGCAGCCCGACGACGUCGAGCCUGAUGCGCUUCAGGCCCUCUUCAGCAUGAUGAGCGACCGGCAAGUUGACGCGACCACGCGCAGACAUAUGGCAUAUGCAGCCAACGAGGUCGCCAGCCAGGCACCGCCUUCGCUGCUGAAUGCAAUGCUGAAGGACGGCGACCUGCAGGAGCUGGUGGUGGAUGCACUGCCUCACUACGCAGAUCCUGUGACGUGCAGCUUCCUCCUUGACGUGUGCGCCUUUGUCUUCAACGUGUGCAGGGCGAUGUGCGGCUUUGAGUCGACAGGUGCACGUCGCUGGUUUCGUGACCUGCCACGUGUGCUGAAGCUCGCGGUUCACAUGGCCCAGGACAACGGUGUCGUUGUGGUCGCUGUAUUGCUCUUGGUCCGAGCUGCGGUGGAGUUCAUGGAUGCAGUCGCGGAUGUGCCGGACGACCUCGCCAAACUCUUGGUGCAACACAGUGGCUGGACAAGACGGGGCACAUUCUCCCACCUAUUGUCCGUGAUAGUAUCGGCGCAGAUGCUGCUCAAGUUGUCGGAUGUCAGCGAAGCAGAAGCAAGGGCUUUCCUCUCCAGACUUGCUGCGUUCACCCCAUCACAGCACGCCCGCCAGAUUAUGGUGGUGGUCCAGCACGUGCACGCGGCCACAUCCCCGCAAGACGUACAGCGUCUAUUUGGCAUGCUGGCUUUGCAGUUUGCAGCCAUGUCAAAGCAGCAGACGUCACACUUUCUGCUCUGCCGCAGUUACCCUCACGUACGACAGCUGAUCGCAGCACUGCAGCAGCAAGACACCUGGCCACCGCUCGUGAUGUGGCUUGUCUGGCUUGCUCUGAAGGACAUGGUGCUGGAUCGGCAACUCGUCGACGCUGAUCUUCGACGUUUGGCCAUCCAAGCCGGCUCGCGCUACCUGCUCGCACAGGACGCACCCGGCUGCGACACCGAUGCGACUCUGCUGUUGCUUGCCGACGUGACGCCAGAAGCGGACGUGGACAACAUGGUUCACACGCGGGUGACGCGAAUCGAAGCGGUGCUGACGAACACCGACGGAGACCGGGAAGCAGGCGGAGGCAUGGCCGCAGCGGUCGACGAUAUGCUGCUUCUGCUCCGUGACCUGGUUGCGUGCUCAUCACAUCUGUCAUACGAGGUGGCAUGCGCGACCGUCGACGUCUUGUGGACGGCUGCCCAGCUGCAUGCGCAGGCGAGUGAGCUCAUGGUGUUGGCGGUGCGUGGCCUGACGUACCUGGCGAAGUCCAGCACACACGUCGCAGAGCGCAUGAGGCAUCGCGAUGUGGUGGCGGGUGCACUGGCUGCCGCUCGGCGAGGAGUCUCCCAGAACACACUGCAAGGCAAAGCCAUGCUGGCACAUGCCCUGGGGCUGGUGUCGGCCAUCUGCGCGUCUGAUCCCGCCCACUACGCCUCCAUGCUCGACUGUCAUGAGGGUGCUAGUGGUGUUGGGAUGCUCCUUCAGAUUGCACGCAAUGACACGGGAAAGUGCUGGGCCAGCGUACUUGGGUUGCUGAAGGACCUGCUGCACACGCCUGCGAGAGCAGAGGUGCUCCGCGUGCAUCGCCGGAUGUGUCUGGAGGCCAUGCUUGCUAUUGUGUCGAGCAAACGCGUCACGCCCAAGAUGACCAUCCAGCAGGAUACGCGCAUCGGAGCAAAGCAUCUGUCACCAGCAUCCUACAUCGCCGACAUCCUCACGGAGCUGCUGCUGAGGAGGAGAAGGAGAAGAAGGAGAAGAAGGAGAAGAAGGGGCAGAAGGAGAAGAGCGGAGAUGAGCGUUGCUGUCUCCCGCCCCUUGCUUGCGCUGCUCGUGCAUCGUGCUCGUGAGAUGAGGCUUUUGGGCGCUGGUGCGCAACGCACGGCUCGCGUACUCCGCGCACUGGAGAUCCUGGUGGGCAUGCGCGGAAAUGCGCUCGAGUUUGUUGGACCCGGGGAUGGACCUGAAGGCGACGACUGCUUUGGCGACUUGCUCGACGAACUCGCGGAGUGUUUGGCCUCAGAAGGACAGACGCACACCGUUGCGUGGUGUCGCUUGAUGGGUGUGGUCAUGCGCACGAUGGAAUCGAAUCUGGAGCCCCUACGACUGGCGCUGCGACGGCAUGUCAGCCGCAACGCUGAGCGGUUUGCCAGUUCGACUCGGGGGCCUGGGAUGAAGUUCCUGCUCAGCGUGUUCAAGGACGCACUCAAGCGCUGCGGCUGUCGCACCUACGACAACGAUGCCGUGGUGGUUGACACGCGCGCUCGCCUCCAGGCACUGAUCAAUGUCCUGACCAAGGAGGAUCAGCAGUCACAGCGACGAGGAAGGGAAGGGAGAGGAGGAAGGGGAGGAAGGGGAGGAAGGGGAGGAAGGGGAGGAAGGGGAGGAAGGGGAGGAUGA